AUAUCUAAACCAUACCUUAGGGAUGUAAAAAGUGCAAUUUUCUCUUGUAUGCAAGGGGCAGCGGCGGCGUGCAAAUAGGUGGCCGAGAUCAUCGACUGGCUCGCCGCUAGAACAACGCUGCCGGCCCCUCCCUCUCCCUGCCGGAUCCCUCCACCACUGCUUUCACCACAGUACCGCUCGUCUCUCGGUCCAGUGGAGUGUAGAUCCAUCCGGAGUUGACUGCGGUUUCUUCCUUUGCUGGACAAGAAAUUCUCUUGGCUUCUUGGUUUGUUCAGAACUCUUUCUGUGGACUUCAUGUCAAGUUGGUAUUAAAGCAAUGCGCAAUGUCAGGAAUUGCAGCAAUUGUGCGUCGGUCAUGUCGUUCAACAGAUAGUCAGAGUCUAAUGGAGACAUAUGUUGGCCCAUGUGUAUCUUCUGGUGCUUUGGCUUGGUUCAGCAGCUGUGCUAAGGACUCAAGAAAACCUGACAUUUCUGUUGCUUACCAGAUUAAGGCAGUGGAUUGGUAUUCCGCAGUUAAUGAUGUGUCAAAGUUCAGCAGAAUGCCCCUUUCAUGUCAUGUGGACAGUAAUUGGUUGAUUACUUCGAAGUCCAGAUAUAGUGCAUUGCCAGGAUUUGCAGGUGUUUCAAACAUCCGCCGUGCAUACUCCUCAGACACUGGAGUAAAGCCAGAAGCUUUGCAGAGUACUGUCUCUAAUGAUCCUUCUGUAGAAAGCGGUGAUCGGAGUUCUUGGAUUGAGAUAUUAGAUAAUGCUCGCAAGUCUACUAUGGAUGCUACCACUGAUGCUGGCAAGAAAGCUAAGGAGCUGACUGAUGCAAUUACACCUCAUGUCCAGCAGUUGCUCGAUUCAAAUCCAAACCUUGAAAAGGUAGUUGUUCCACUUGGCGGGACACUAUUUGGUACAAUGAUGGCAUGGUUUGUCAUGCCUAUUAUUCUAAGAAGGCUUCACAAGUAUGCAUCACAAAGUCCUAUAUCAGCACUUUUGGGGAACUCAGCCAAGAAUGAUGUUCCAUAUCAAACUAGCCUCUGGAGUGCAUUAGAGGAUCCUGCAAAAUAUCUUAUCACAUUUAUGGCAUUUUCAGAGAUGGCUGCAGUUAUUGCACCAAGCGGAUCAACUUAUCUCCCACAGGCAUGGAGGGGUGCAUUUCUUCUCUCUUUUGUAUGGUUCCUUCAUCAGUGGAAAACCAACUUUAUUGCUAAAGCUAUGACCAAAUCAGAUGCCUCAAGUGUUGACCGUGACAAGAUAUCAGUAUUUGAUAAGGUUUCUUCAUUGGGACUGAUUGCCCUAGGAGUAAUGGGUGUUGCUGAAGCUUGUGGUGUAGCUGUUCAAUCAAUAUUAACUGUUGGUGGUGUGGGAGGUGUUGCUAUUGCUUUUGCUGCUAGAGAUGUCCUAGGUAACAUGCUCAGUGGGCUCUCCUUGCAGUUUUCUAAGCCAUUCUCAAUUGGAGACUACAUAAAGGCGGGUUCAAUAGAAGGCAAGGUGAAUGAAAUAGGACUCACGUCUACUUUAUUGACCAAUCCAGAAAAGCUUCCUGUCAUAGUACCCAACUCUCUGUUCUCCAGUCAGAUGAUAGUGAACAGAUCACGAGCUAUUGGGCGGGCUAGUGUGACAAAGAUUCCUAUAAGGAUUGAGGAUAUCGAGAAGGUUCCUUCUAUAUCAGAGGAGAUAAAGGUUAUGUUAAGGUCCAACCAAAAUAUUGUCUUGGAAGAUGAUCCUUUUUGCUACCUCUCAAGAUUGGAAAGUUCAUAUGGAGAGCUGACCAUCGGAUGCAACAUCAGAAACAUGAAAAAAGAUGAGUGGGUUUCUGCAGAACAAGAUAUUCUUUUGGGAGCUGCUAGGAUAAUCAAAUCGUAUGGCAUUGAACUGGGAAGCACCAUGCAGUGCUGUUAAUCCAUGCUUUUGAGACUUUUAAGUAGGGUAAGUAUUUCAAUAUUUAGCUCCUGUAACCUGUAGAUAAUACUAUCCACAACUGCUAUGCGCACUUUUCUUCUUUCAUUCCUGGGUUACAUUUUCCAUUUACCGUUUAUUGCCCAAAUGUGACACCAUUGCAUGUUAUUUACUUCUCACAUACUUUUACAAGCACUGUUGGAAAAAUUUUAUGUGACAU